AUGAUUGAAUGUUCCCAACAAAAAAUUUGGUUCACUCUAGCUAUCCUGGCAAUAAUUGUCCUUUACUUUUUGUUUGAUAAAGCCAAUGAGAUGAUAACGGAAGCCAUGAACACUUCAAAAAUAAUUUUACACAGUCCAGAAGUCUACCGUAAUAUUUCAGCAAGGUGUGAAGAAGCUAUUGAAUGUGUCGAAAACUCCUCAACCAGUAUGAAAUUCUACACCCUAGACGGUAAAUAUAAUCCAUGCAUGUUUUUUGUCUUCUAUCAAGGUCCCUUUGCCACUUGUGCUGAUAAGUUGAUAGCGAAAGUUGGAGCUCAAAUCCCCUGUAUCGAGACUGUGUUCCAUGAUCGGUUUGAGAUUUUUGACGAGGCUAACAAGAGGAUAACUGCGGCGAUGAAAUCUUCAAAAUUGAUUCUGAAAAGUCCAGAAGCUUAUCGAAACAUAUCCAGGAAGUGUCAAGAAGCUAUUGUGAGUUUUUGA